GUGCGGUCCAGUUUCUCAAAGAUCAAGGCUGGAAUCCCUAUGUGGUUGAACAUUUUGAUGCCAAGAGUCUCAGUUUUCUCGCAGAUUCGCUGGGACAGAAUUCUCCUUUGCAACUUCAGGCUCCAAACGGUCAUGCCGUGCAGAUCAAGUUCAAGGCGGUCAACAGUGCAGCUAGAGCCUUGUCCCAACGGGCUACAGCAUCGGCGGUUGCAAAAGCAAGUGCCUCAUUGCCAAGCAAAGUUGGUCAGCUUGGCAAGCAGCAGAAAGAUUUUUUGGAGUCAGUCACACCGCAAAACAAGCGUCCAGGUGAGAAGACCGGCACCACGCCGGAGGCGCAAAGACAGAAGACUUAG